GACAUCUGCCCCAUUGAAGCGUGCGCAUCGUUUUCGUGACGUUGUCAGCCAACCUGUCUCCAUUUAAAAUUACCUAAUUGCGGAAGUCGGAAGUUAAAAAAACCAACAUAUGAUGGUGAUAUUCAAGUGGGAGGAAAUGAACGAAGCCAGGCCAAAUUGAACACACGUCGCCACGGAGACCCGACAAUUUGGAUCUAAGAUGACGGACUCCAAGUAUUUCACCACUACUAAGAAAGGAGAGAUCUUUGAGCUGAAAGCUGAGCUGAACAGCGAUAAGAAGGAGAAGAAGAAGGAGGCUGUGAAGAAGGUCAUUGCCUCCAUGACUGUUGGGAAAGAUGUCAGUGCCCUGUUUCCAGAUGUGGUGAACUGCAUGCAGACUGACAACCUGGAGCUGAAGAAGCUGGUCUACCUGUACCUGAUGAACUAUGCCAAGAGCCAGCCCGACAUGGCCAUCAUGGCUGUCAACACCUUCGUCAAGGACUGUGAGGACCCUAACCCCCUGAUCCGGGCCCUGGCUGUGCGUACUAUGGGCUGCAUCCGCGUGGACAAGAUCACUGAGUACCUGUGUGAGCCUCUGAGGAAAUGUCUGAAGGACGAGGACCCCUACGUGAGGAAGACUGCAGCCGUGUGCGUGGCCAAGCUCCAUGACAUCAACGCCCAGCUGGUGGAGGACCAGGGCUUCCUGGACACCCUCAAGGACCUAAUCUCUGACUCCAACCCCAUGGUGGUAGCGAAUGCUGUGGCAGCCCUGUCUGAGAUUGCAGAGUCCCACCCCAACAGCAACCUGCUGGACCUGAACCCGCAGUCCAUCAACAAGCUGCUGACUGCCCUCAACGAGUGCACCGAGUGGGGUCAGAUCUUCAUUCUGGACUGCCUGGCCAACUACACCCCUCGCGACGACCGCGAGUCCCAGAGUAUUUGUGAGCGGGUGACCCCCCGUCUGUCCCAUGCCAACUCUGCGGUAGUGCUUUCGGCGGUCAAGGUGCUGAUGAAGUUCAUGGAGAUGCUUCCUAAGGACCUGGACUAUUAUGGCACCUUGCUGAAGAAGCUGGCCCCACCCCUGGUCACCCUGCUGUCUGCAGAGCCCGAGCUGCAGUAUGUGGCCCUGAGGAACAUCAACCUCAUCGUACAGAAACGCCCAGAGAUCCUGAAGCAUGAGAUGAAGGUGUUCUUUGUGAAGUACAACGACCCCAUCUACGUCAAGCUGGAGAAACUGGACAUCAUGAUCCGCCUGGCAUCUCAAGCCAACAUCGCCCAGGUGCUGGCGGAGCUGAAGGAGUAUGCCACUGAGGUGGAUGUGGACUUUGUGCGGAAGGCAGUCCGAGCCAUCGGCCGCUGUGCCAUCAAAGUGGAGCAAUCAGCGGAGCGCUGUGUCAGCACCCUGCUGGACCUCAUCCAGACCAAGGUCAACUAUGUGGUGCAGGAGGCCAUCGUGGUCAUCAAGGACAUCUUCCGCAAGUACCCAAACAAGUAUGAGAGUGUGAUCGCCACGCUGUGUGAGAACCUGGACUCCCUGGAUGAGCCUGAGGCGCGUGCAGCCAUGAUCUGGAUCGUAGGAGAGUACGCUGAGAGGAUCGACAACGCUGACGAACUGCUGGAGAGCUUCCUGGAGGGCUUCCACGACGAAAGCACCCAGGUGCAACUGCAGCUGCUGACAGCCAUAGUGAAGCUGUUCCUGAAGAAACCCACCGAGACCCAGGAGCUGGUGCAGCAGGUGCUGAGCCUGGCCACACAGGACUCUGACAACCCGGACCUGCGAGACCGUGGCUACAUCUACUGGCGUCUGCUCUCCACUGACCCUGUGGCUGCCAAGGAGGUGGUGCUGGCCGAGAAGCCUCUGAUCUCGGAGGAGACGGACCUGAUUGAACCCACCCUGCUGGAGGAGCUCAUCUGCCACAUCGGCACGCUGGCGUCCGUCUACCACAAGCCUCCCAGCGCCUUCGUGGAGGGCAGCCGCGGCGUGAUGCACAAGAGGCUCCCCGCCCGCACUGGAUCAGGAGAGGGUACGGAGAGCCCAGAUGUGGUCAAUGCUGCUGUGGGCUCUGCCCCUGAGGCUGCUCCCUCAAUCAUCCCCUCCCAGGGGGACCUCUUGGGGGACCUGCUCAACCUUGACCUGGCACCCUCCACCAACACUGUCCCCCCACCCACCACCUCCGGCAUGCAGAUGGGGGGCAUGGAUUUCCUGGGUGGAGGUCUGGACAGCCUGAUGGACGAGUCUGAACCGCCACAUGUUCCCACACGGACGGACACUCCACAGUCUCCGUCACCUCAGCCCCCGUCGCCAGUGUACACCCACACUGACUACACCUACACUGACUACAGUCACACUGACAGCCCCCCUGACCACAGCUCUACUGAAUACAGCCCCCCUGCUGAGCUUGGAGGAGAUAUUGUUGGGAGUCCUGCGAUGGGGGCUGGUUUUGGCGUGGCUCCCGCUGUGAUGCCAGCCUCUCUAAACGCCCCUGUGGGAGGCGGCCUAGGAGAUCUGUUUGACCUCGGAGGUGGGGUUGGCAUGCCGAUGGGAGCAUACAUUCCUCCCAAGACAGUGUGGCUCCCAGCCAUGAAGGCUAAAGGUCUGGAGAUCUCUGGGACCUUCGCCCGGCGUGCUGGAGUCAUCCAGAUGGAGCUGGUCCUCACCAACAAGGCCAUGAGCGUCAUGACUGACUUCGCCAUCCAAUUCAACAGGAACAGUUUUGGACUGGCCCCUGCCGGCCCUCUCCAGGUCCUCACCCCUCUCGGCCCAAACCAGACCAUUGAAGUCAGCCUCCCCCUCAGCACUGUCGGGCCAGUCAUGAAGAUGGACCCUCUCAACAACCUGCAGGUGGCUGUGAAGAACAACAUUGACGUCUUCUACUUCAGCUGCCAAUACCCCAUCAGCAUGCUGUUUGUGGAAGAUGGAAAGAUGGAGCGACAGGUGUUCCUGGCCACAUGGAAAGACAUUCCUAACGACAACGAGUCUCAGUUCCAGAUCAAAGACUGUCAUCUCAACUCAGAUGCAGCCAGCAACAAGCUGCAGGGCAGUAACAUCUUCACCAUAGCCAAGCGCACGGUGGAGGGCCAGGACAUGCUCUACAUGUCCAUCAAACUGUCCAACGGCAUCUGGGUGCUGGCUGAGCUGAAGGUGCAGGCUGGAAACCCCAACUACACAAUCUCUCUGAAGUGCAGAGCCCCAGAGGUGUCCCAGUGUGUGUUCCAGUGCUACGAGGCAGUGCUGAAGAAUUGAACCCCUCACAGGGCUGAAGUAGGGGGGCAACCUGAGGCAUGGGUACUGGCCCUGACUGGAGGGAGAUCCUGGACCCCCAACCCCCCCUGAACUUCUCCUCUACUCACCCUCCUAUUCCUGUCCUACAGGCUUGUGAAAGGCCCUUUCAUUGUAGAAUCUCCAACCCUGCUGUCUGUGUGCCUUCCCUGGGGACCCUGGUUUCUGUCUGUUCUCUCUGUCUGUCACCCAAGCAUUUACCCUCCUCCACUCUACAAGUCCUUAUCUGAUUCAAACUAUGUCCAUCUCUAUUUUUUAAACUGCUGAGGUCUCUGGCCCACAUGGUCCCAAAGCUUUCUAUAGACACAUUUUUUUCACUCACGUCAAUAGUUGGGACUGGCCUUUUGUGACUUCACCUUCAACCUGUGUGGUUUUAUGUGGAUGUGUGUGUUUCCCAUAACCCACCAAGUCUAGUCUGCUUUCAAUGACAAUGAGACAUCACCACCCAGUCAGAUCUCCCAUAUAUGAUGGUUCAACCCCUGCUGCUCUGAUCCAGUCCACCCUCCUCCCAUGAGCCUCUAGUCUGUGGGACACCUGGGAGGUGUGUUCAGACCGUGCUGUUAGAGGAGGAGACUGGGACUGAGGCUGUGAUGCGAUGGACUGUUUCUCCAUAUCUCCCCCCGAUGCCUACUCUUUUCAUGAUUAUCUCGCCUCUGCAAAUUAGUACCUAUAUUUAGUGUGUGUGUAAUUAGCAGUUCAAUCUCCACUGUCAGCAUACCUUUCAGUGCUUCACAUUAAAAUGUGACAGUACAGACUGUUUUUCCACAUCUCUGGGCUGUGAAACACCUGCUGUGUUGCUGUUCUGUCACCUCACCCCUUCCUCUCAAUGUCUCCACACACACACUCUCUGACACGUUCCUCCUUUUUGUUUGAAAGGGAAUGUGAUGUCCCAGCUAGUAAGAGACAAUAAAUGUUCCAUGUGUGUUUAGUUUGUUGUUGGCUCAUGCCCUUGGUGUGCCCAUUGGGGUUGGCUUUUUUGUUGUUGUACUGAACCUCUGCUGUUUCUCUCUCUCUCUCUUCCCCCCGUGUGUGCAUGUAUUUGUGUGUUGGGGUGCAUGUGUGCUAUGUUAUUUCUGAGGGUUGGCGCAACAUCAUACGCAUCACUACUACAUACAAUACCUCUCUCUCCCAAAUGCCUCGUGCCUUUCCUCUCCUCCUUAAUCAUUCCAUUAUCUAUUCCUGGCUUUGUUUGUUGUGUAAUUUGAUUUUUACUCUGGGCAGGCUAGCGAGGGCCACAGCUGUUUGGGGAUGUUGUUUCUGCUUUGUGCUCUGUCAAUCAGUGUUGCUUGGGCUCUGCCAGUUUGUUGCCUUCUCCUCCCCUCUUAGCUGGUCAAGUACCUCUGCCACCUGUCAUAAAGAGGCUUCAAACCACCUGUAUGUUCUAUACUUUACCUGUAUAGGAAAUUAACUGUAUAGGUAGCACACAUCAUGAAGUAUUUUGUAUAAAGAAAAUCAGAACAACUCAACUUUACCAUUCUGUUUUACCUAGUGUCUCUUUGGAAAAAAGAAUUUGAUAUUUAAACUUUUGAGUCAUUGAAUCAGAACCCUCUGGACCAGCUCCAAAGAGUGAACUCACUCACUAUUUUACUGCAUGGAGAUUAGUGGAUUUACUUUGUGUGUGUGUGGUAAAAGCUGACGUGUGAGAAGCUGUAAAAUAGCUGGUGAAGGAGAAAUCAGAUGUUUUUUGACUGACUACAUCAUUUGAAACAGAACUAUUAAAAAUCUGAUAUAUUCACAAA